GAUUUUGUUCUGAAAUAGGGUAAAGGUUUCAAUUUUUAGGCUGCACACCCCUACCAAAUGUAAAAGCAUUGGGAACUACCUUUUCAAUGAGCUCUAUGGAAUUUUGAGCAAUGUUAGUUUACGGAUGAGCCUGGAGACGGGGCAUUUGCUCUCUUUUUCUGCUCUCCGGCCUCAGGGCAUUUAGCCCAUUUAUUUGUCCCCUCCCCGAGAGGAUUUGCCACUAUUGACAGGGAUAGGCACUACUGGAAAUGACUGAUGUACUGCUCGCAGGAUUGAUGCGGCUGUAGCCUAGACCUACAGUGAGGGACCAACAUAGGUUUGGCGGGUUGCGGGAUGGGAAUAAACAUAGUGGGGGGAUGCGGGAUUGAAAAAACCUAUUUGAUGUUGGAUCCUCUGCAGUCAUGAUGGGAUCAGUGAUUUGUCACAAUGAGACAAAACAUCACAAAAGUGGGCUUUUAUUAAACUAAGACCACUGUAGGAGAGGGAGAUGUAUAGUUUUUGGUGUGAUUGCCAUGGUAAUUGAAGCGAGACGCGACGUCUUUUUUGUAUUCAGGUUACGGCGCGUUCCUGUGUGAUUGAAAGAGUCUGAAACCUAGAAGACUGGUCACAUGGUUGUUUGAAACAAAAUGGCGGUUUGCUUGUAGGGAAUAUAGCCUUCACUUCUUCGUAAUAUUUCUUCGUUUGUUUGCGAUGGUAUUUCCAGAUUUCCAAGAAUAGGCAGGAUCAUGACAACUGGUAUUCUCUCACAACCAGCCCAGGUGGGUUUUAACUUCCCAGGCUUAAGUCAACCAGUCAGUGUUCCUCAGCGUUCAAUGCCGAUACCACAUGGUGGACCUGCCUCCCAUCAAAUGAACCAACUGCAAUUUAACCUAGGAAUACCAACAUCUGCUGAGCAAUUUACAACAAAGUUUAGAAAACCACAGCCAAUAGUUAUAGAGAAAAUAAGUGAGCAGCCUCAAGUGCCACAUGUAGUUCCUCAUAGCCAUGUGACUACUCCAGUUGUUUAUCCUUUGGUGUCGUCAGUCUCAUCAUCUAUAUCAAGUGAUCGGCUUGCACUUGCUGUUCAUUUGGCCAAGAAAGAUGUUAAAAAGUUAAAAGAAGUUGGCUUUGAGAAUGUUUUUGUUUCACAAGAGGAAGAGACACAGAACAGGCAUGUUACGGCUACAGGUAAAGAAAAAGGUGUUUCAGGAAAGAAGGUUAGAGGGAAGAGUGGCAAAUCUAGACCUCAAGCUGUUUCGUCAGAAGACACUGUCACUUUGCGUGACAGGGUUCAUAACACUGUAAAGAAGCAGGAAGCAGCAGGAAAGAGACAGCAUAGGUUAUACUUUUACCCAGCUCCUAGAGAAGAAGAUGAUUUUGAUUCAGAUGGAGAAAGGAUGCAGGCUCAUGAAAUCAGGAAACUUCGUAAAGAGCUCCAACAGUACAUGAAACAAAUGGAGGAAUUGAAAAAUGAGAGACCUGAAGUCUUGAAGAACAAAGAUAAAAGGCUAAAAAGAAGGAGGGAUGGAGAUGUGAGACUCUCUGAUGAAGAUGUAGACCAGCGGCAAGUGGUGAGAGCUGAAGAACAGGCUGCCCGGUCGGCAAGGAUGCUUUAUGUGCUACAGAGACAGGUUCGGGAAAUUGAGGAUGAGCUUAAUAAAAAGAGAAGAGGAAUAAAACAUACCAAGAAGAGCCAGACUUUGAGUCGUCUGGCAGCAGCACACAGGGGAGCUGUCAGAGCACUGCAGACAUUUGUUAGCCAUGCUCCUCUUCAGCCCAAGGUUGGUCAUGGUUUGCCGCCAAUGUACCAAGAACUGUCUGCCCUCAUUAGACAGUUGUCACUUUUGGCAGCACAGUUACACAUCGGUGGAGAAGAACUCUUUGAUGAGGUGAAGGGAAUUGAGAAUGAGGGAAGAAAGCUCGAAAGUGAUGAGCUCCAGUUAGACACAGACAAAACACCAGAAAAACCAAGUGCAUUUCUUCAGGAAGUGGCUGAUAGAAAACCUCAAGAAACACAGGCAUUGAAAUCUCCUCUGAAACAAGUAUUAACAAGUUCUCCUGACCCCACCCCUGAAAGGGAUGCUGUGCUGCAGGCAGGGUUGAGUGCAUUACUAAGAGCUAAGGACACUCCAGUUCAAACACCAAUGGUAAAACCAACCUUCCAGCCAAGGCCUGCUCCUCAAGGUGUAAAACCAGUCAAACAAUCACUGUUGCUUCCUGCUAGACUCAAGCUUAAGCGUCAGAGAGCUCAACAAGCUGCCAAACGAAUUAAAGUACCUCAAGCUGUGGAUCAGGCUCACUUUGCCAAAGAAACAGUUUCCUCCAUAUUGAAAAAGGCCCCUCCAGGAGAAGGGCUGGACAAACUGCAGCCAGGGGCACAAUCAAGGACCCCGCCCAGAACACCCAUAAAGGAAGGCCUUCGCACCCCAGAAAGAGUACACUACCGGGACAUGGGUGACUAUCUUUCACCGAGAUCGCAGAGGAGAAGAGAAUAUGAGCAACAGCUACCAAAUCCGAGAAGUCCAAGAUACGCUCGCAGAAUGCUUCCUGUGGAUCAUGAACUGAUAGAAAGAGAGGUGGCCAGGCAAAGGUGGCUUGAUGAAGAGGCGGAAAGAAGGAUUUAUGAGUUAGAAAGAGAGCGACGUUUGGAAAAUAUGCGACGGGAUCGAAGGAGCCCAGAAGCCGUACUUUCAAAGCGUGUAAUAACCGAGACAGAACAAGCCAUCCGAUCUCGAUUGAAACCUCUUUUGGAUCGCGCAGAGGCCAUAGCGGAGACGGAGGUGAAACGAGAAACGGAACAAAAAAGAUCUCUACAGCAUCAACUUGGUAAACUCGCCUCACAGACAACAAUGAAUCAAGCGGACAUUUUAGCCGAAAAAAUUCUAGACGAUAUUUUAGAGGAAACAGUUCUUGAAAUGCAAAGGUUAGAGGUAGAGGACGAGGCCGAAGUGCAAGCUGACACUUUGCAAAACAGCUCCACAUUAGAAAAUAUAUUACAGAGACUGCAGAGUUUUGAGAAAGUCGAGGAGGAGAUUAGACAGCACUGGGUUCAUGUGAAGUACGCUGACGUGGAGAAAUCGUCUGGAGAACCUAUCGUAGUAGAGAAAAGUACUCGACCGGCCGGAGAUCCCAAACCCAUCGUGUUUACCAGACCAGACGAAACCGAAAGCCAUCGUUUGCUGUCGAAAAAUACCCGAGGAGUUUCCGACGAGGACCGACCAGACGACAGGAAGCCAUUACGACUGCUGGAUGAAAUUAGCGAAACAAGUAGUUUUUCCUCCCUUAUGGAAGGAUCUACCGAACGCUCGUCCGCACAAAGCUUCGUUUAUAAAGGUCCUCAAAAGAGAAGUCUACAAAACCAGCCCCUCCCUGCUGGCACUCGGCCCACAGUGCUCCUCGAUGUGCCUAAGGAGAUGAGGGCCAGUAUAGUGUCCUACAGGAACAGAUAUAAUAAGUAUCUACGAGACACUUCUACUCACGAGCAAGGAACGUUUGACCCAUGGGGACUGGUGAAUAGGAUCAGUGAAGACUUGUUAGAGGACACUUUACAACAAGUUGGAAAUGAACUUGAUCACGUGUGUGAUGAUUUCGCUGAGGCUUUGUAUAACGAGGAAUUUGCUUCUGUCAGUACUGAUACAUGAUAAUCAUUGACAAGGCAAAAAACAAGACUCGAUUUUUCCAACUAUGUAUAUGUCUAGCUUAAUAAAGUGCUUAAAUUUGCGUGUUA